AUGGAAGAAUUUCAAGGAUAUUUCGAAUUAUAUAGAUCUCCGCAAUAUGACUUCCUAUACCCACUUAUCUUUCGGGAGUAUAUUUAUGCCCUUGCUCAUGAUCGUGGUUUAAAUAGAUCCAUUUUGUUUGAUAAUGUAGGUUAUGACAAGAAAUCUAGUUUACUAAUUAUAAAACGUUUAAUUAGUCGAAUGUAUCAACAGAAUCAUUUUCUUAUUUCCGUUAAUGAUUCUAAUCAAAAUAAAUUUUUGGGGUACAACAAAAAUUUGUAUUCUCAAAUGAUAUCGGAGGGAUUUGCAGUCAUUGUGGAAAUUCCGUUUUCCCUACGAUUAGUAUCUUCCUUAGAGGAGACAGAAAGCAUAAAAUCUUAUAAUUUACGAUCAAUUCAUUCAAUAUUUCCUUUUUUCGAGGACAAAUUUCCACAUUUAAAUUAUGCAUCAGAUGUACUAAUACCCUACCCCAUUCAUCUGGAAAUUUUGGUUCAAACCCUCCGCUACUGUGUGAAAGAUCCCUCUUCUUUGCAUUUAUUACGGCUCUUUCUUCACGAGUAUUAUAGUUGGAAUACUCUUAUUACUCCCCAAAAAUCCAUUUUUGCAAAAAGUAAUCAAAGAUUAUUCUUGCUCCUAUAUAAUUCUUAUGUAUAUGAAUAUGAAUCCAUUUUACUUUUUCUCCGUAACCAAUCUAAUCAUUUACGAUUAACCUCUUCUGGAAUCUUUUUUGAGCGAAUACGUUUUUAUGAAAAAAUAAAAUAUCCUGUCGAAGAAGUCCUUUUUCCGGCUACCUUAUGGUUCUUCAAGGAUCCUUUUAUACAGUAUGUUAGCCAUCAAGGAAAAUUGAUUCUGGCAUCAAAAGAUACUCCUCUUCUGAUGAAUAAGUGGAAAUAUUAUCUUGUCAAUUUUUGGCAAUGUCAUUUUUAUGUAUGGUCUCAACCAGGAAGAAUCCAUCUAAACCAAUUAUCCAAGCAUUCCUUUGAUUUUUUGGGUUAUCUUUCAAGCAUACGGCCGAAUAUUUCAGUGGUACGGAGUCAAUUGCUAGAAAAUACAUAUUUAAUGUAUAAUGCUAUGAAGAAGCUUAAUACACUGUUUCCAAUUAUUCCAAUGAUAGGAUCGUUGGCUAAAGUGAAAUUUUGUAACACAUUAGGGCAUCCUAUUAGUAAGUCCAGCUGGGCGGAUUCGUCAGAUUCUGAUAUUAUCGACCGAUUUGUGCGUAUAGUCGGAAAUAUUUCUCAUUAUUAUAGCGGAUCUUCAAAAAAAAAGAGUUUGUAUCGAAUAAAAUAUAUACUUCGACUUUCGUGUGUUAAAACUUUAGCUCGUAAACACAAAAGUACUGUACGCACUUUUUUGAAAAGAUUAGGUCCUAAAUUAUUGGACGAAUUCUUUACGGAAGAAGAACAGAUUUUUUCUUUGCUCUUUCCAAGAGCUUCUUCUACUUUGAAGAGGUUUUAUAGAGGGCCGAUUUGGUAUUUGGAUAUUUUGUGUAUCAAUGAUCUAGUUAAUCAUGAAUGA